AUGUGCACUGCCAGCUCCUGUGACCUGGAAGAGAUCCCCCUGGAUGAUGAGGACUCAGACAGCUUGGAGUUCAAAAUCCUGGAGUUCUAUGUCAAACACCACGUCUUCCAGAACACCUCUGCCGUCCUCUCACCGAAGCACCUGAGAACAAGGAGUCUGUCCCAGAAAGGGGCGGAGAGCUGGCCAGUGAGUGAGGCAUGGACUCAGGGGCCAUGGCCCUGCAGAAAUUCUCAAUCCAGCGAGAAGGCCAUAAACCUCACCAAGAAAAAGUCGUCUUGGAGGACCCUCUUUGGGGUAGCAGAGAAGGAGGAAGACUCACAGAGCUCGCCUCCGGAAAUCCUUGCCCAGGGACAAAGGGUGGGGGGACCUCAGGCCCAUCCUUGGAGUCCAAAAUGGCCAAGGUCCCGCUCCAGCGUGGACCAGCGCUUAGAGCAUAAAGCCACGGACCCCAGAGUCGCUUCCAUUGCCAACCGAGUCGCUGAAAUCGUUUAUUCCUGGCCGCCGCCAGAAGAGCUCCACAGCCAGGGAGGAGGCUUCAAGUCCAAAGAGGUUCUGGUAUUUCAGGGUCUCAAAGGGCAGUCUGGAGCUGAAAGUACCAAGAAAGUGGACGAUGAGGGGCCCAGCUGGCUCUUGAGUUUGCAGCACAUCAAGCGACAAGGCAGCAGGGGAUUCUACAAUCAUGGCGGUGCCCUCCCACCCCAGAACCAGACGGAAGAAGACCAAAUAAUAGCCAGAAUUGUUGAGCUGCUGAAAUAUUCGGGGGAGCAGUUGGAAAGAGAGUUGAAGAAAGAUAAAGUUUUGAUGGCCUGCUUCCUGGAUGGGUUAUCCUAUCCUGUUGUCAAGACCAUCACAGACCAGUUCCUAAGGGGCGUGGAUACCCGGGGAGAAUCAGAGGUCAAAGCUCAGGGCUUUAAAGCUGCUCUUGCAAUAGAUGUCAUAGCCAAGCUCACGACCAUCGACAAUCACCCCAUGAACAGGGUGCUGGGUUUUGGAACCAAGUACCUGAAAGAGAAUUUCUCACCCUGGAUCCAGCAGCAUGGUGGAUGGGAGAAAAUACUUAGGAUACCACACGAAGAAGUAGACUGA